AAUAUAAUGUAGACUCAUAUGUGUCAUUGCUCCUUAUAAAUAACUCAUGUACCACACCCCUUUUCUCAAGUUACUCUUUCUUUAAAAUUAUAUAUUGCAUAUUUAAUUUAAUAGAGAAAGGUAGGUAUAGAAAUUAGAGAUGGACAAUCUCAGCAUCAAUGGAGACUCCUUUAUUAAGAUUCCAACUAUAAAGUUUAAAAAGCUUUUUAUCAAUGGAGGAUUCGUGGAUUCAGUUUCAGGAAAAACGUUUGAGACUGUUGAUCCAAGAACAGAAGAAGUGAUUACAAAAAUAGCAGAAGCUACCAAAGAUGAUGUUGAUAUUGCUGUGAAAGCUGCUAGAGAAGCAUUUGAUAAUGGUCCAUGGCCACGUAUGCCUGGUGCUGAGAGAGCAAAGAUUAUGGUGAAAUGGGCAACCCUAAUUGAACAGAACCAAGAAGAAAUAGCAGCAUUGGAUACAAUUGAUGGAGGGAAACUAUACAGUUGGUGUAAGACAGUAGAUGUACCCGAAGCAGCCAAUAUCCUACGUUACUACGCCGGUGCAGCUGAUAAAGUUCACGGAGAAGUGUUCAAAACUUCUAGGAAUCUUCACAUGUAUACUUUGAUGGAACCUAUUGGUGUUGUUGGACACAUUAUACCUUGGAAUUUCCCAACUAUUAUGUUCUUUGCUAAGGCUGCUCCUUGUUUGGCUGCUGGUUGUACUAUGGUUCUUAAGCCUGCUGAGCAAACACCUCUCUCAUCACUUUUUUUUGCUCAUCUUGCUAAGGAGGCUGGUAUUCCAGAUGGAGUGCUCAAUGUACUGCCAGGAUUUGGUUCAACUGCUGGAGCUGCAAUAACCUCACAUAUGGACAUUGAUGCAGUCAGUUUUACAGGUUCAACCGAAACAGGCCGUCGAGUAAUGCAGGCUGCAGCAUUGAGUAAUUUGAAGCCGGUAUCACUUGAAUUAGGAGGCAAGUCGCCUGUUUUAAUUUUCGAUGAUGCUGAUGUUGAUAAAGCUGUUGAUCUCGCUCUAUUUGGAAUCCUUCACAACAAGGGAGAAAUAUGUGUUGCAUAUUCUAGAGUUUUUGUCCAAGAAGGGAUUUACGAUGAAUUUGAGAAGAAAGUGUUGGAAAAGGCGAAAAAUUGGGUCGUUGGCGACCCUUUUGAUCCUAAAGUUCAACAAGGACCCCAAACUAGUAAGGCACAAUUUGAUAAAAUUCUUUCCUAUAUUAAGCAUGGAAAGAAUGAAGGAGCCACAUUAUUAACUGGGGGUAAACAAGUGGGAAACAAAGGAUACUACAUUGAACCUACUAUUUUUACCAAUGUUAAGGAUGACAUGUUAAUAGCACAAGAUGAAAUAUUUGGACCUGUUAUGGCACUUUCUAAGUUCAAGACCAUUGAGGAAGGAAUUAAGAAAGCCAACAAUACCAAAUAUGGCCUAGCAGCAGGGAUUGUGACAAAGAAUUUGGAUAUUGCAAAUACAGUCUCAAGGUCAAUUCGUGCAGGUAUCAUUUGGAUCAAUUGCUAUUUUGCCUUUGAUAUUGAUUGCCCUUUUGGAGGGUAUAAAAUGAGUGGAUAUGGAAGAGAUUAUGGAUUGGAAGCACUUCACAAGUAUCUUCAAGUUAAAUCUGUUGCAACUCCUAUUUACAAUUCUCCAUGGCUCUGAAACUUUCAUCUCAAGCUACCUUUAGACACUAUAUAUACAUGAAUUGGAUCAACUACUACAGUGCUUUUUUUUUUUUAAUUCUAAACGAUGUAAGUUUUAGGUUAAUAAUGAUCACUACAACUUUUGAGCUUGUAUUUUAUGUAUCACAUUGAA